AAAAAACAAAUGGUGUUAAAAGGAAUUGUGUUUGUUGCAUUGACUUGUAAUUACAUUUCAACAAACCAACAGCAGCAUCUCUUUCUAGAAAUAAUGUCGAUACUUAAUCAUCAUUAACAGUCUGCAGAAGGAAGUGUUGACGCUGUCAGGACACACCAACUCUCCGCAGAGGUGGAGUAGUAUUGUUGUAUAUUUACUGAAAUGUUGUUGUAUAAUUUUGAGGUACUUCCAUUUUUACGCUACAAUUCUAUACUUCAUUUGGCAUAUAGCUACUUUUCAGACUACAAUUUUCAUCAUAUCAGAUCAUAUGAUGGGUUUAUAAAAUACAAUGCGAUGUUAGCGGUGUCUAGUGAGGACCUAUUCAUCAUGUUUCAGAUGUUCAUGAGUUGUUAGCAGCAUAUUAGCAAGAGAGAUUUCCCUCCUAAACUUUUCAGAUGGUUUAAUUCAAAUAACUGUUGUAGGCCCAGAGAGGUGAGAUUAUCUGAUGAUUUACACAGAAAAAGCAAGUUAGAGAAAAUCCCUCCAAAAUUAUACAAUUUUGAGUCGCAAAACCUUUUCUGUUUUGUCGUCGUACUGCUCACAUUAUUCAUCUCACAACCCCUCAGAUGUACUCUGUGACCUUUUGAUGGGGCCUGAGCCAGAGGUUGAGAACCAACGGACUAUCAAACUGUAUAUAAAGUAGUUGUAAAAAGCCUCAACCAACUUUCACUUUCUUGAUGUAUAUUUAGCUGAUAACAAUUCUCACUGAAGUAGGAUUUUCAAUCCAGGACUUUACUUUGAAAGGGAGUUAAAAUUCAUGUUUUCAUUCAACCUUCAUUUAUUCAUGUAUUCAUACUUUUACUUAAGUUCAGGGUCUCAAUACAUAUCCCACCACUCUUCAUAGAUACCACAAGGAAUAAGUUCAUUCUCGUGAACGCGAUAUCUCAGUAACUUCUUGAGGGAAUCUUUUCAAAUUGGCACAACUCGAGGAUGAACUGACUACAGUUUGCUGGUCAGAGGUCAAGGUGACGGCAUAAAACACAGUUUUGGCCAUAACUCAAGAAUUGAUACGCUAAUAUUCACACAAACGACUCAUAGUAUAACUUAUGAAGUGAUGACAUAUUGGACAGACAUGGUUGGAACUUGUAACUUGACUGGUGGGCGGAGGAAUUCAUCUGCAGGGCAGUAAUUCAAUUUUUUAUUUUGUGUGAACUAACCUUUUAAUUGAGAUUCAUAUUUCCACUGAUUCAGCUAAAAAUAACACCUAUUACAAAGUGAAGGAAAUCUGAGUAAUGUACUCGGAUGUGAUUGAAAAUAUACCGUCAUCAGAAAUGAAAUCGUACCCGUCGCUAUCAAAAAUGAUCUGCUUCUUCAUCACUUGUCGGGUUUUACAGUUUGCACGGAAAGUGAUGAGGCUUUGAUGCAGAAGCGUUAGUCAGAGUGCAGACGGGUCUGAAUGUGAGAGCUGAACGUGUGAAUGGGACCGCAGCCAACUGGUAGAGAUCAGUAGGUGGGAGGGACAGGAAGAUGUCACCAGGUAAGGAAACAGUGACACAGAGGAUGGGUAGAGCGAGCGAGUGAGAGGACAGAGAGAAAGAAAGAGUCACACCUUGAGGAAGUUAACAAAACAAUACAAGGAGAACAAAGGACGCACCAUAUCAAAGAAUGGGACUUGUGCAAUGUUUUGUGAUCGUCUUGAUGUUAUCUGCACAGUUGGUGCUCACAUUUCCGCUGGAAACAGAUGGGACCCAUCAUUACACUGUGGGCGACGAAAUGUGUCAAAUGUGCCCUGCAGGUAAGUAUUGGAAGUCUUGUACAGAGUGCGAGUCCUGUACUGCUGGAUACUACACAACUGAGUUGAACCGUGAACCCAUCUGCCAUCCCUGCUACGGAGACUGCACACCAGAUUAUCAUCUGAAGGUGGUUCAGAACUGCACCAGGAAGACAGAUGUGAAGUGCGUCUGUGAGGAUGGUUUCUUAUGCACUGAAAUGGUCCCAUACUCUAAAAACUGCAAGAACUGUGUCAAGAUUCAAGAGACGACCACGACUGAAGUAGCCGCUGUUACUUCAGGCAAAGAUAAACACACACCUUCCUCAGCUUCCUCAGGACAUAGCAGCACUUCCGCCAAACCCUGCCAAUUUCCCAAGUGUGGCCCCCAGUCAGACCCACCGGCAGGAAAUAGCUCACAUGCCAAAGGAGGUGAAGACGAGACGGAAAAUGAGCUGGUGGCCAUCUUGUGCCCAGUGGUUGUCGUGGGAUGCGUGGCCCUUGUGAUCCUGUUCUUCGUUCGUCGCCCCAGAGACGAAACAUGUUUCAAGCAAGCUAUUAUAAAGUUAUGCAAUGAGGGAGGAACAGAUGCUUCUCACAAGCCAAACGACUCAACUCAUCAGUUCCCAAAAGACUCAUACAGUGCAAAGCAGCAGCCACCAUUCCUUUCAGCAGCCAAUCUGGGUCCAGUCCAUGUCCACAAUCCGGGGACGGUCAUCUUUAGCUUGCUCAAUCAGUUUACAGGCCAAGUUGGACCGACAAUUGAAUGUGGGAAGACAGCUGAAAGAGUGAUUAGUGAAGAAGAAGACGAGAGACACUGUCCUGUGUUUCAUCCCACAUCUUCUCCCAGUAUCCAUCUCUCUGAGGAGGAGAGGAGCGAAGAGAUUGACAGCAUUUUCUUUCCCUCCCAGGAGCAGGGGAAGGACUUCCACAUGUCCAAAGAGGAGGUGCUAUGAUGCAUCCUAAAAAACCCUAGAAGAUUUGUGUUGGUGCUUACGUCCAGACUCAUCCGAGACAAAUUCUUUUAAAGGAACUGUGAAACCGCAGAUGAGUGUGAAGCAGAUCCAUCUCGUGUGAAGGGAUCUCAGUGCUCUGCAGAGACAUUUUUAUCUGCAGGUUCCAAGAAAACUUGUAGUCAGUACACACCAGAAACUUUACCUCUGGGAAGAGUUGGAGGGUGAUCUGCUUUGUAAGUUAUUGUUUUUAAAUAUCAUGUAAAUACUCUUUAAUACGCUCUGUCACUUUGCUUUCAAGUAUUUAACCUGAAUGUUUAAUGUUUUGCAUAAAUGAGGCAUUUUGAUUACAACACAAUUUUAUUUAGAAUACAGAAAACUAAGUAGAAAUGCAUGUUAAAAACAUUGUAUUAUCUGAAAAUUGUAUUCAUAUAUACACCUAUAAAUGUUAAGAUGUGAAAUAUCUUUAAAUGUUGUGUACAAUAGUACAUACCUGCAUUUCGAAACAUACUGCACAAUUUAUAACUCAUGCAUGACAAAUACAGUGUCACAUUCGGUAUGUUCAUUGUCUUUCAGAUUCUUAAUCUGUGUUUUUACACACUGGUAUCAUCUUAUUGUCACAGAUGUCAUGUUUCACAUGUCCUGAAACAAACGUUUUCUGUGGUUCCAUUCGUCAGCAUGGGCCAAGUAACGUUUGCCCCCAUUUGUCAGUAAUGUCCAAAGCAACGGGAGAU